GCUCGAACCAUGACUGGCCCUAAUGAUGUGAGUGUGGACUUGAAAACUCAGAAAUAUGAUAGACAGUUGAGAUUGUGGGGUGAUCAUGGUCAAAUUUCUCUAGAGGCAGCAAAGAUUUGUUUGAUAAAUGCCAAUGCUACUGGUACUGAAAUUUUGAAAAAUAUGGUUUUGCCAGGCAUUGGUUCAUUUACAAUUGUAGACAGUUCUCAAGUAACCCCUGAAGACCUGGGUGUUAACUUCUUCCUAACUAAAGAUUGCAUAGGAAAGUCUCGAGCUGAAUCAGCCACGUGUUACUUGAAGGAGCUGAAUUCUGAUGUGGUCGGGAUAGCUAUCAAUGAGUCACUAGAUGCGCUCAUCGACAACUCACCUGACUUCUUCAGUCACUUCCAUCUGGUCAUUGCAUCAGCAGUUCAUGACAGGACACUGUUGAAGCUGGCUAGUAUCUUAUGGGAUUGUGACAUUCCUCUGUUGGUCUGCAGAAGUUAUGGUUUCAUGGGCUAUCUGAGACUUGUGGUCAAAGAACAUACAAUCAUCGAGUCUCAUCCGGAAGGAGUGAUUGAAGAUUUGAGGUUGCAGAAUCCUUUUGAUGGUCUCAUCACAUUUUGUCGGUCAGUUCAUCUCGAUGCUCUCUCUCUCAAGGAACACAGCCACGUACCCUGGUUGGUCAUUAUAUUCAAGUACCUACAAACAUGGAUGGACAAUCAUGGGGGCAAGUUUCCUACAACUUAUUCAGAGAAGAAUGAAAUAAAGAUGAUGAUAAAGAAUGGACGGUUAAGGAGGUCUGAUGGGUCGUUUGAAGAAGAGGAGAACUUCGAUGAAGCUUGCAAAAAUGUCAACACUGCACUCCUACCAACUGCUAUACCCCAGGAACUUUUGAAACUGUUUGACGAUGAAAACUGUUUGAAUAUUCACUCUGAUAGCAAACCAUUCUGGAUACUGUUGAGAGCGUUGAAGAGUUUUGUGGAUUGCGAAGGAAAAGGGAACUUUCCAGUGCGAGGGACUAUCCCCGACAUGACUUCAGACACGGAGAGUUACAUUAAACUGCAGCAGGUGUACAGAGACCAGGCACAACUCGACCAGCAGUGCCUGUCAACCCAUCUCUCGGAACUCCUUCAAAAUAUUGGAAGGCCCGAUGAUUGCAUAACGGAGGAAGAUGUUUCGUUAUUCUGUAAGAAUGCAAGCAAUUUACGAUUGAUGAGAACGAGGUCACUGGCUUGCGAGUACGAACCACAGGAUGCUGGGCUUUUUCAAAUAGUAAGUACGUUGGCCGACAGUGACGAUGAUGAAGUGUUGUACUACGUGAUGACCAGGGCAGCUGAUUCCUUCUACGUAGAUCACAGAAGGUAUCCAGGCUCUUUUGAUGAUUCGCUCGAUGACGUUUCUCUUUUUAAGAUGCAAGUUACCAAGAUCUGUCAAGAAUUGAACAUUCCGAACAUUUCAGAUGACUACAUACAUGAAUUUUGUAGAUUUGGGGCCAGUGAAGUUCAUGCCGUGGCUGCUUACAUGGGAGGCAUCACAGCACAAGAGGCCAUCAAGCUCAUCACUCAUCAGUUUAUCCCCAUCAACAAUCUCUUCAUUUAUAACGCCAUUAAACAGACCAGCAAGACAUACGCUUUAUAAUAACAUUCAAUCUCAAAAUUAUUUUUUCACUAUUGUUUUAUGGCAAAAUGUUUUCGUUUGUUGACUUAGUCGUAAUAUAUGUAUAUAUAUAUAUAUGUGUGUGUGUGUGUGUGUGUGUGUGUGUGUGUGUGUGUGUGUGUGUGUGUGUGUGUGUGUGACUUUUGUUUGAAAAUAGAACAAGGAACUUAUUGCAUCAUUAUGCAGAAUUAAAGCCAUUUGCAUAUAAGCCUGUUGAAGAUUCAUUGUUUAAAACAAACGUAUCUAAAAAAAAGAGUCGUUAUAUUAAUUUAGCACUAUUAAAACAAUUUGGGGACGAAUAAACUUUGAUAGACACUUAUCUGCUUAUUUUCAAUUCCAAAACAAGGUAUAUUUUUGAUUU